AUGGUGGAUCCCGACGUCUAUUACUCUCGUUUUCCAGAAGACCAUUAUCAUCAGUAUGAAUAUUAUGCAAGUUUGGCAAGACCCGAGUUUUUUGAUGAAGAUAUUUCUCACAAUUCCAGCUACAGUAGUCCUGCUCAACGUAGUUUCACUCCGGCGGUUCUGAACGAGCCGUUAUACGACAAUGAUCCACCUACCAUUGAUGAAGAGCCCGUUCCAGACGUUAUUCAGAUUAAAAAGAAAACUAAAAAAGUGAAAACAAAAAAGAAGAAAAAGUUCACCUGCUCUCACUGCAAGAAACCAACAAUCAGAAAACAUAUUCAUCCGAAAACAGGACUCAUUGUGUGUCGAUCAUGCUAUUUAUUCUUCCAGAAAUACGGACGGGACAAAAAGCUGGUAGUUGAGAUAUGUAGCAACUGUAAACUGCUCAUGGGGGACAAAGAGCAUCCAGUGACUGCUGUCUCGUUGUGCAGAUGCCAAAACUGCAAGACAAAUAAAAGUGAGGGAAAUCAUCCGGUGACUGAUAUAGCAUUGUGCAAGCCGUGCCUCGCCUACUAUAAACGAAACGGACGAGAUCGUUCAAAUUUUUCACGCGAUCAAUCAUUUCGGAAAAACAAAUUAAACCCGAUUCAUAGCAAUCAACAUUCAUUCCACAAGGGAAAUCAAUAUUGA